GCGGGGCACCGGACAGAGCUAGCUCGUCUGUCUUUACGCGGUCUCUCUUUUUACUCUACCACGUAUACGGCAGACAGUCGGAGUUCAGCAGAUCAGGAACGCGGUUACGUUCGCUCCGAUAACAAUUCGCAAACGUAAACAAAUUUUUUUUACUUAUUUUUACUCACGCUCCAUUAAUUUAUUCGCUAACCGAGUGACUGCUUACUCAUCGCGGUUAAAUUUCCCGUAAUAAGGAGUUAUUACAACGCUUUGGUCAGACGUUUAAAUUUACUAGUUGCGUUGCCGCGUGAUUUUAAAUUUAAAUAAAAAAAAAUAUAAGUAAAUAGAGAAUUGUGUCAUCAGAACCACGACGGCAAAUGAUGAAGAGUAGACAUCAAUUUCGUAGGAGAUUUAGUCUUCAACCAUCUUCUUCUUUAAAAGAAGAAAAAGAAGAUGGACCUACUAAAAGUAUCAGAAACGAAAGACUUGUAGAGUCAGAAACAGACGAAAAAUCAUCAGAUGCGCCCGCCCGUCACAAAAUAGUCGUUAUGGGAGCAGCCAGAGUUGGAAAAUCAGCGAUAAUAAAUCAAUUUCUUUAUAACACAUUUUCACCAAAGUACAAACGGACUGUCGAGGAAAUGCAUCGGGGUGAUUUCAAUGUAUCGGGAAUCCAAUUAACUCUUGACAUACUCGACACUUCGGGCUCCUAUGAUUUUCCAGCAAUGAGAGAAUUGUCAAUAAGGUCAGCGGAUGCAUUUGUUUUAGUCUAUGAUGUUAAUGAUGCCAGUACAUUUGCCGAAGUUGAAGCCCUCAGAUCCCAAAUACUCGCUAGUAAAGGUACGGUUCCGAUAGUCGUCGUCGGGAACAAAGUUGAUCUGGUUAUUGAAAAUGACAACGAGACUGAUUCCGACUCAGAGUUCCAGGUAAAUACAGAACGGACAAGAGAAUUAGUGGAGACUGAAUGGGAAAAUGGAUUCGUUCAAGUAUCGGCAAAGGACAACUUCAACAUAUCUCAAGUAUUUAAAGAGUUGUUGGUCCAGGCGAAGGUCAAGUACAAUCUGAGUCCAGCAUUGAGACGCAGAAGACGUCAAUCUUUACCUCCGCCUCAGCAUAAUUCGCGCACCAGCACCGCCCAUGUACCGUCACUUCAACAACUGCAACAUUUGCAGCAAAUACGCGAGCGUUCCGGCGGUAAAAGAAACUCUUGUAUCCUCUCGUAAACUUUAUUUUUUAUUUUUACAUUUAAAAUUUAUUUAUUUACAACAAUAAGAAAUUACUGUAUAAACAUAAGUUAUUAUUUAUGACCAAAUUACAAUGAGCUUUUCAAAAUAUUUUCAUCCAUAGAAGCUUUUAAUUACUUUGAGAUAUUUGCCGAUGCUAAAGAGUGAGAAAUAUAUAUGUAUAUAUACAUAUAUAUAAAACAUUACUUGGAGUAAUUAAUAAAUUACGAAAUUAUAUAAUUAAUCUUGACACGUCAAUCCGAAAAAAAAUAUUUCAAUUCAUAUUUAUAAUGUUAAUAAUAAAAUAUAAAUAUUGUAAGGGUGGAUAAUUAUUUAUCUCAAGCCUCUUUUAAAUAAUUAAACUUUAAUUAAUUAAAUAUAUAUGUAUAUUAAGAGUAAGUCUUUAAAACUUGAAUAUAUAAUGGUUGUUAUUUUUUAUUUACGCCGAUUUACUAGUCAAUAAAAAAUUAACGAGGCGCAGUAAUGUCUCUGUAAUUUUCUGCUAUAAAUUAAAUAUAUGUAUAAUAAUAAAUAUAUGUAAUAAGUAUAAUAUAUUAAUUGUGAAAAUAUAUUUAUUUCACUCUACAACUGUAAACAUAAGUAUAUAUUAUAUAUAUAUAUUAGGGUGGCUCAAAAAAAAAUUUGAAUUUGAAUUUUUCCCGCUCUCGCCUUUUAAAAAUCUGGUGGCGAAAAAAAAACUGAACAAGUUCUCUAAAAAAUUUGAGACAUUGCAUAGAAAUUUUGAAAAUUUCCUAGUAAGAAAAAAUUAAAUUUUCAGUUUUCAAAAUUUGAAUUUCGCGGGCAAAUUUUUUUUGAAUUUCAAAAUUACUUAGAAAAUUUUUUUUACUAUCCGCUGAUUAUUUCGAGGGUGAGGGACGAAAAUUUGAAAUUUUUUCUGAACUACUCUAAUAAAUAUAUAUCUUAGGGAGGCUCAUAAAAAAUUUGAAUUUUCCCGCUCUCGCCUUUCAAAAAUUUGACGGUGAAAAAAAAUCUGAACAAGUUCUCUAAAAAAUUUGAGACAUUGCAGAGUAAUUUUGAAAAUUUUCGAGUGAGAAAAAAAUUAAAUUUUCAUUUUUCAAAAUUUGAAUUUCGCGGGCAAAUUUUUUUUGAAUUUCAAAAUUACUUAGAAAAUUUUUUUACUAUCCGCUGAUUAUUUGGUGGCUGAGGAAAGAAAAUUGAAAUUUUUUUCUGAACUACUCUAAUAAAUAUAUAAAUAUAUAUAUUAGUUGUAAUCGUAAAGUGUAAACUUUUUUUUUUAAUUGACAUAUAAAUAAAUAAAAUACAAUCAAUAGUAACAGCACAUGGAGUAUGUAAAUAGUUGUAAUGACUAUUAAUGAUAAUAAUAAUAUUUAAAAAUGUCAAUUUAAAUAAUUGGCUGUUUAAAUUUUGAAAUAAAAUUGUAAUUUAAAUAGUCGUAAAAAAUAUAUAUUUGUCUUGUAUCGAGGUAUUUUUUAAUGGACUAUCAACUUUUAUAGCUUUUACUUUUCACUUUGUGUUUAUAAUGGGGAGCGUUUUAUUAGAUCGUUAAAGCGCGAGGAAAAUUACGAUUGGAAAAUUUUAAAAGGUCACAAUUCUCUUGCGGCACUUGGUAAAUUUACUCGUCAACUGAAACAGGGUUUUGGUUUACUUUUUAAAGGAUUAAUUAAUUUUAUUAUUUAGUUUAAUUAUAAUUUAUGGAGAAGAAUAAUAUUUAUUUAGGGUGUUUACAUAUUUAAUUAUCUUGAUACUGUUCCACAUUUAGUUUUCAUUCAUUAGGUGAAUAAAAUUUUUUUUUAAAUUCAAAAAGUAAAUUAUUGUUUUUUUCAAACCUCAUAAACCAAAAAUCGAUUUU